GACCGCAGAGAGAUAAGGGCGGAAUAAUGCGGCCGCCUGCGCGUUCAGGUGCAAAUUUGAACGCGACGAAACUCCUCUCGUGGCUCGCGCUUCACGUCGUCGUCGCCGGUAUCGAGCUCGAUGUAACACCGGAGAGGGCAGGGGGGAGGGGGUGUUUCGGGAAUAUUACAGAGCCGAACGUUUUAUGCGUAAAUGAAAACGUAAAACGUAGGAACGGCUGUCCUAAACACGUCGCAUGUGCAUGCGCGAGCGAUAGAGGCAAGUCAUGACUCGUAUUGUAAUUAUCAGCGUUGUUAUAAAUGCGCCGAGUACGCGCGCAUAGUUCAUUAGCGCGAUACCUUGUGCUGUGCGACACGUGUACGUCUAGCAAUAUCGUAAGAAGCGAGGAACAUGGGCUACGCGAAUUUUCAUCUGCUGAUAUUGCUGCUGGCGUUCGUCAUAAGCAUCGCUCAGCCCGCGUCGAACGAUACCGACAUAAGCACAACCACAGCAACGCCGAGCAACAAGAACACUAAAGUCGUCACAAAGGAGGCCGUCAGGCUGAACUUCAUACAGAUAUAUAAAUGCAUUAUAAAUACGGAUAUUAUAGGAGUUAUUGUACAACAGCUUCUCUUAAUCGCCCGACCAAUUAUCCUAAUGGUGCCGGAGAAAAGUCUUCGGGUUUAUAUCGACUGGAUCGAGACGACUGUAUUCGAAAUUAUAAAUAUUUUAUACAACAUAUCUAUCCAAAGUACCAAUAUAUUACCAAUAAUUACUAUAACAUUAUCGAUGCUACGAGCGCUUUUCCUCUAACACUGUUCAACCGCGGCGAAUUGUGCGAAAAGAAGAAAAAAGCGGCAGCGAGAAAAGAAAUUCAAACAUCCAGACACUACGACGCGUACCUGUAUGAGUGAAUUCGCAUAUCGCCUCUCGGAUAACACAGUGAACGAUACAUAGUCUAAUUGCAACGAUAAGAAGCGCCAAGGUGAAACGCUGCGGCGAUCGCUCGGCGAACCGAAAAUUGUAUACUUCGCACAAGCGCAAAUUGUAUUUUUGUAAAAGCAUAUGCAGCAGCUGAAUAAAUAGUCUUCAAGUACUGCUACUAAA